AUGUUCAAAGCAUAACUUAAAGGUUUUAAAUAAUCUACUGUUGAUGAGGAUAAGUAUCUGUGUAUGAAGUGUAUGUUGGAAAAAAUCGAUUCUUAAAACAUUUUUUCAUUAGAAGACACAAAAAUAAUGAUAAAGGAAAUGAGAAGUGAAUAGUUGAAAAAAAAAAGAUAAAGAGUCCUAAAAAAGGAUUGA